AUGACAGUAAGAACUCACAACCUGGAGACGUGUUACAACAUGACAGUGAAGUGCUGUAAGUACUGGCCGGACGACACAGAGAUCUACAGAGACAUCAAGGUGACGCUCAUAGAGACACAGCUACUGUCAGAGUACGUCAUACGGACCUUCGCUGUCGAGAAGAGAGGAGCCCAUGAGAUCCGGGAGAUCCGUCAGUUCCACUUCACAGGGUGGCCGGACCACGGGGUGCCCUACCACGCUACUGGCCUCCUGGGCUUCGUACGUAGGGUGAAGGCCAAGACACUCACCAUCGCUGGACCCAUGGUCAUCCACUGCAGUGCGGGGGCGGGCCGAACAGGCUGUUUCAUAGUGAUUGACAUCAUGCUGGACAUGGCAGAGAGAGAGGGCGUGGUGGACAUCUAUAACUGUGUCAGAGAGCUGCGUUCCAGGAGAGUCAACAUGGUGCAGACAGAGGAGCAGUAUGUCUUCAUCCAUGACGCCAUCUUGGAGGCGUGUCUUUGUGGUGACACCACCAUCCCAGCCAAUCAGCUUCGCUCGGUCUACUAUGACAUGAACCGAUUGGACCCCCAGACCAACUCCUCCCAGAUUAAAGAGGAGUUCAGGACUCUGAACAUGGUGACUCCUACGUUGCGUGUGGAGGACUGUAGUAUCGCCCUGCUCCCCAGGAACCAUGAGAAGAACCGCUGUAUGGACGUCCUUCCUCCUGACCGCUGUCUGCCCUUCCUCAUCACCAUCGACGGAGAGAGCUCCAACUACAUCAACGCUGCUCUUAUGGACAGUUAUAAGCAGCCGUCGGCCUUCAUCGUGACCCAGCAUCCUCUGCCCAACACGGUGAAGGAUUUCUGGAGGCUGGUGUUGGACUACCACUGCUCCUCCAUAGUGAUGCUCAAUGAUGUCGACCCAGCACAGCUAUGUCCUCAGUACUGGCCAGAGAACGGGGUGCAUCGCCAGGGGCCAAUCCAGGUGGAGUUUGUAUCAGCUGACCUGGAGGAAGACAUAAUCAGUAGAAUAUUCCGGAUCUACAACGCAGCACGACCUCAGGACGGGUACCGUAUGGUCCAACAGUUCCAGUUCCUGGGUUGGCCCAUGUAUCGAGACACGCCCAUGUCCAAACGCUCCUUCCUCAAGCUCAUCAGACAGGUGGACAAAUGGCAGGAGGAGUAUGAUGGAGGAGAGGGACGCACGGUGGUGCACUGUCUUAACGGAGGAGGUCGCAGUGGGACGUUCUGUGCCAUCAGCAUCGUGUGUGAGAUGUUACAGCAUCAACGUUCGGUAGACGUUUUCCACGCCGUCAAAACACUGAGGAACAACAAACCCAACAUGGUCGACCUACUGGACCAGUACAAGUUCUGCUAUGAAGUGGCUCUGGAGUGGAUUAAU